AUGUUAGUUUCUUCGCCCUCGCCGUCCGCCGCCCUUCGGCCUUCUCCCUCCUCCCCUUCCACCUCCCAGCCCCAACCUCCUCUCUCUCCAUGCUCGACUUCCUUCUCGCGCCGCCUGUCGUCGACGUCAGCUGCCUUUGCUUAUCAUAGCCAGCAUUAUGACUCUGCCGCCGAUCGAUCUGCUGUGCCCGGUAGUCCUUUCACUCCCCGCUCCUCUCGUGUGGCCAUUGAAGAGCUCCGGUCAGCUCUGAAGAGGCAUUCGGUUUCUACUCCGCCUGCCAGGCCCUCAGGGGAUCUUCCUUGCGGUCGUAUGUCCGCUGGGCAGACCUCCCUUGGGGGCGGAAUUAGCGCCUCCGAGUCUGCUGCUCUCGGUCCUAACGCCGCCCUCCCCGAUUAUCCCGACCGCCCUGCCAGUAACAGUUCGUCUGUUCCUGCAUCUGCCCCUCAGGCCCCAGCUCCCCCUCCCCGGAGCUCGCAGGUGUCCUCAAUGCCGGCACCAACCAGCAGCACGGGGUCCAACAAGCGUAACAGCCCAAAUGAUUCUCCUCCUAGCCGUGCAGCGGCCGCGGAGCUUGAGAAUUUAGACCUCGAGCGUUCGCAGUCGAAGAGGCUACGCCCUGAUAAACCCACCGUUAAACACCUUCCGGCUCGUUACGAAUUUGCGGACCCCAAGGACCUAGUUGUCCUGAUCUCGAGUAUGCUAUUGGAGCUUAUUCGGUUCAAUGACAAGAUACCCCUGCACCAGGGUCGAUUAACGCGUUUUCACUCACGCUCGCCCCCUCGGAUUUCUGUGCAUGACUACUUACAACGACUCACGACUCACGCGACUCUUUCUCCGCCCAUUUUGCUAAGUAUGGUGUACUACAUCGACCGGCUUUGUGCGCUAUACCCAGCCUUCACUGUCUCGAGUUUGACAAUCCACCGGUUCCUGAUUACCAGUGCGACUGUCGCGUCCAAAGGACUCAGCGAUAGCUUCUGGACCAACAAAACCUACGCCCGAGUUGGAGGAAUCAGUCUGACGGAAUUAGCCCUUCUUGAACUAGAGUUUCUUUUCCGCGUCGAGUGGCGCAUCGUCCCUCAACCCGAGGUUCUUAAUGACUACUACCAAAGCCUGGCAGAAAGGUGCGAUGGGUAUGAGAUCCAGUCCAGUGCCUGA